UAAAGCUGAUAUUGAAAUCGUAAUCUUGGAGGCAAACGGCUGAUACUGGCCGUCGGAGCAGCCACUACCGCUGACACCGCGCCGCCGCGCAGUCGCCAUGACCAAAACCAAGGACUCCGUGGACCUGGACUCCAUCCUGGCCGAGCUGGGCCAGUUCGGACGCUACCAGAUCCAGAACUACUGCUUCAUCCUGCUGCCGAUCAUGUUCAGUGCUGUGUACAAUGGACAGUACAUCUUUGCGGCUGCCAACAUGGAUUACAGAUGCAAGGUGCCCGAGUGCGAGGCGUCCCCGCCCCAGCUGUCCACCAACGGCUGGGGCGUGUGGGCGCUGCCCGAGGGCGGCGGCCGCUGCGAGCGCCUCAAGCCCCUCGGGGAAUCCUGCAGCCCCGACUCCUUCCACGUCAACCAGACCGUCGCCUGCAACGCCUGGGUGUACGAGAGCACGAAUACCAUCGUUGGCGAGUUUGAUAUGGCGUGCCAAGAAUGGCGGCGGACCUUGGUAGGCACGAUCCACAGCGUAGGCCUCUUCGCCGCUCUGCCCCUCACAGCCUACGUUUCUGACACCUGGGGUCGUCGCACAGCGUUUGUACUCACCGCAGUGUCGGCGGGCGUCAUGGGGCUGAUCCGGUCGUUCUCGACCAACUACAUCACGUACCUGGUCUUCGAGUUCCUCGACCCUAUGCUGGGGUCUGGGGUCUACAGCAGUGGCUUUAUUCUUGCUCUUGAAAUGGUUGGUCUCAACAGGCGAGUUCUCGGAGGAAACAUCAUCUCAUGUUCCUUCGCUCUGGGUCAAGUAUCCCUAGCGCUGGUCGCUUGGGGCAUCCCCUACUGGCGGACCCUCACAAGGGUUCUUUAUGCACCUUCUCUACUCUUUAUAUUCUACUUCUUUGUCAUCGAGGAAAGUGUAAGGUGGCUACUCAGCAAGGGUAACAAGAAAGAAGCUGCCCGAAUCAUUUUCAAAGCAGCCAAAAUUAAUAAGAAAAAGUUAUCACCUGAAUCUAUAAAACAGUUAACGGAAGAGCCUCACCAGGAGGAUUCUAAGCCGACUCACACAGAAAUACACCCAAUCGCACCUGAGAAGAAGGAAAGGUCUUUAACGAUGCAAGUGCUGAGAUCUAGAAUCAUGUUGUCUCGGAUAUUCAUUUGCUCGUUCUGGUGGAUCACCGUGACGUUCAUCUACUACGGGCUGUCCAUCAACUCGGUGUCGCUGGCCGGCAACAUGUACGUGAACUACAUCCUCACGUGCCUGGUGGAGAUCCCGGGCUACUGCAUCAGCGUCAUCACGCUGGACCGCUUCGGUCGGAAGGGCUCCAUCAUGACAGCGUUCUUCAUUUGCGGGAUUUCACUCGUCUCACUGCCGUUUGUGCCAGCCGGUCUAGCCUGGCUGCUGACGUCGCUGAACAUGCUGGGCAAGCUGUGCAUCAGCAUGGCCUUCAGCAGCAUCUACAUCUACACGUCGGAGCUGUUCCCCACGGCCGCGCGCCACCGCCUGCUGGGGCUGUGCUCCAUGGUCGGCAGGGUGGGCUCGAUCGUUGCGCCGCAAACGCCACUGCUGAUGACCUACAUGGAGUCCCUGCCGUACCUGAUCUUCGGCAUCAUGGCGGGCACGUCGGGCGUGCUGAUGCUGUUCACGCCGGAGACGCUGCGCAUGCGCCUGCCCGACACCGUGCGCCAGGCCGAGGACAUCGCCGCCGCGCCGCGCACCAAGCGCCCGACUGACGUCAUCGUCGACUGAGCCACACCGCCCUAUGUCUGCCGGGCUCAGAACUAAACAGUGUCGCUUUCAACUGAGCUAUACCUGUCAAUGACUGCCGGGCUCAGAACUAAACAGUAGUGUCGCGGUCAACUCAGCUAAAUCAGCUAUACCUGUCCAAGUGUCUAUAUCUGUCGGUCUCAGAACUAAACAGUGUCGCGGUGAACUGAGCUAUACCUGUCCAUGUUUGCAGGGCUCAGAACUAAACAGUGCCACGGUUGACUGAGCUUUACCUGUCCAUGUAUGCCGGGCUCAGAACUAAACAGUGUCACGGUCCACUGAGCUAUACCUGUCCUUGUUUGCCGGUCUCAGAACUAAACAGUGUCACGGUCAACUGAGCUAUACCUGUCCUUGUUUGCCGGUCUCAGAACUAAACAGUGUCGCGGUCGACUGAGCUAUUCCUGUCCUUGUUUGCCGGGCUCAGAACUAAACAGUGUCGCGGUCAACUGAGCUAUACCUGUCCUUGUUUGACGGGCUCAGAACUAAACAGUAGUGUCGCGGUCAACUCGGCUAUACCUGUCCAAGUGUCUAUAUCUGCCGGUCUCAGAACUAAACAGUGUCGCGGUGAACUGAGCUUUACCUGUCCUUGUCUGCCGGUCUCGGAACUAAACAGUGUCGCUUUCAACUGAGCUAUACCUGUCAAUGACUGCCGGGCUCAGAACUAAACAGUGUCGCGGUUGACUGAGCAAUACCAAUCCAUGUAUGCCGGUCUCAGAACUAAACAGUGUCAUGGUCAACUGAGCUAUACCUGUCCACGUCUACCGGUCUCGGGACUAAACAGUGCCGCGGUCAACUGAGCUUUGCCUGUCCACGUCUGCUGGUCUCAGAACAAAACAGUGUCACGGUCAACUGAGCUAUACUUGUCCACGUCAGCCGGUCUCAGAACUAAACAGUGUCACGAUUGACUGAGCUAUGUCUGUCCAUGUUUGCCGGGCUCAGAACUAAACAGUGUAGCAGUCGACUGAGAUAUACCAGACCAAGUGUCCAUGUCUGCCGGUUUCAGACCUAAACAGUGCCGCAGUCAACUGAUAUAUCCAAGUGUCCAUGUCUGCCAGUUUCAGAACUAAACAGUGUCACGGUUGACUGAGCUGCUAUCUACAUCCAUCCAACUCAGUCUCGAACUGUUUUAAUGACCCCUAUCUAUUGCCAAUGACUUCCAGUUUCAUACGUUUCGUGUCUAAAAAACCCAGUGAAUUGCAUUUUUACAUUGAAGUUCUGCUGUCAAUGCUUGAGUUCUGUAUUAUGAAACGACACUCAAGAUUAGAUUCAAGAUUGAUUGACGGAUCUAUUAUACUCUUGAUCAUUUACACUCCUGAAUCAAUGAUGGAAUAAUUAAGAUUUCCUAUAUUCUACCCUGGUUAUAAAUUUAUUUUUUAGUGUCGUUUCAUUAUGAAAUGAAUGUUCUACAUAAUUCAAAUAAGUUCGCGGUAAUGGAAACAUACUCUUUAUAGAGGAUAGAGUAAGCAACAAAGUUUAUUUUUGAUUAUAAAUAAAAAUAACUACAACUUUAAAUGUAUUAUAGGUAUAGGCUUUGUAAAUUAUAAUGAGCUUUUUAAUGACCUACGUACGAAUGCUGCUGGAAAAUUUGUCUAGUAUUUAAACAUACGUAACCGAGUAUCACUUUACAGAAACAAUAAACAACAAAUACAAAUAAUUAUAAUUAGUUAUGUGUAUUGUGAUGUCCUUUUAAGAAAUAUUUAAACCGAGUUAUCUUAGACUUUUCUUUUAUUAUAUUAAUAAUUUUUAACCAAAGGUGUUUAAGAUAUAAUUUAUGUGAUAUAAUUAGUUUAUAAAUAUCAUGUAUGUAUUUUUAUAAUUUUCCUAUAUUGAUUUCGUUUCUUAACAAAACAGCUUGAAUGGAUCAGGACAAUUGAAAUAAUAGGGUUUUAAAUUAAAUCAUAACACACAUUUUGUGUUACUGAUACUAAGAAUGUAUUACUUGUGUAUUUAGCCGUAAUUUGAGGCAUAUAAUUUCCAAUUGCGCUAUAAAAUCGUACAUAUCAUACCUAUAUAACUGAGGUCAAGUGCUUCAAAAUACGCUAUAAGCGAUGUCAGAUGACUACCUGAACCUAAUUAGACAGCUCCAUUUUUUUUGCUUAAAAUACUAUUUUCAUAUUUUCAUUAUCUCUAGGAAGUUUGAAAAUCCUUUUUAUUUAUGAGUGAACGGAAAAAUAUGCAUGAUACGGAUACGUAUGCCAAAGACUGAACGCAGAAUGAGUUUAUAAUAAUUGUAAUGUUAGAUAUUUUAUAAUGUAAUAAUUUUAUAAUAUGCAAAAUAUAAGAAUCUUAUUUCUU